AUGGUCCUCAUAGCAUCACUCUGCGUCACGUCAUCAAUAGGAGCUCGCGUCAUCGCCAACUUUCGCCUGAAGCCAGGCAAUGAGUUUCCCCGUCUGAACCUACCGAUGUAUACCUAUCAAGCGUGUGCUGCUGCUUGUAUGUCGGCUGAUGGCUGCACAUCGUUCAACAUCGAUCCUUCGACCAAACGCUGCGUGUUGGGUGAGGCUGCGGAACAAACAGAACAGCAGCAGCAGUCAAACAGUGUAAUACAGUACGACAGUAACAUUUUCCAGCGAAAACAGUGUUCCGUUGAGAAGCUCUAUAGUUUACCAGUGAAUGCACUCGUUAAUAACCCGGUCUUUAGAAGCCCUGUUAUGAGUCAAAAUCACCUUGAAGCUGAGGGUACCUGCAGUCAGUGCGAGAAGCAGCUGUGCUCAUUGGAUGAUUUAAAAAAUGCCCAUGACGACGGAUAUCGUGAUGACCAAUGGGGCUUCACUAGCGAGCUUGAACAUAAGGCAAAGGUGACGUCAUGUGAUGGUCUCCUCACAGAAGAUGAAUGCUACUCCUUCGUUGAAGGCAAUGCUAACAAAAGUCUCAUUCCAUUUACUCCCAACACCAAUUUCAAUGGAUCAGCGUACUGUUGUCCCAUGGACAACGAAGAACAGCAUUAUCCAAUAUUGAGAUCAAUUGCGCGUUACCCGAAUGACGAACAAUCCCAACCCCGAGCUCGGUGUGCAGAAUGUGGUCUGCAGCUGUGUACACUCGCCCAGUUGAGAGCUGCUUAUGAAGCCGGGUUUCGUCACAGUGGUUGGCACCUGUACGAUACAAAGGACCGAUUGGCAAAGGUCACUCCCUGUGGGGAAUGGCACUACGAAAAUAAUUUGUGCUACUUUGUAGUGCAUGGAAAUUACACAAAGAGCUUGAUUCCAAAUAACCGCAAACCAGGUUGGCUUGGAAAUCCAAUAUGCUGCCAAAAGUGUCAAGUGGAUACAAGAUAUCCCAUCUUCAAAACUGCAGAGUCAUAUCCAGUAGCUAACCUGUCUGAUGCUCAGAACCGCUGCAAUCUGUGUGGGAUGCGGUUGUGUACUACGUCACAACUUGAAGCUGCGUACAAUACAGGAUAUCGUGAAGACACGUGGGGUUUGAUUGACACCAAAGGAAGACACGCAAAAGUUUCUUCAUGUGACGAGUUCUCCAAUUCACCAGAUGAGUGUCACUUUACUGUAGACGGCAAAUCCAGCGAAAGCCUCAUCCCACAUACAAAUACCCCAGCUACUAGUAAUCCCGCAUUCUGUUGUCAAAGAUGCGAUAUUUAUGCCAAUUAUCCAAUAUUGAGAUCAAUUGCGCGUUACCCGAAUGACGAACAAUCCCAACCCCGAGCUCGGUGUGCAGAAUGUGGUCUGCAGCUGUGUACACUCGCCCAGUUGAGAGCUGCUUAUGAAGCCGGGUUUCGUCACAGUGGUUGGCACCUGUACGAUACAAAGGACCGAUUGGCAAAGGUCACUCCCUGUGGGGAAUGGCACUACGAAAAUAAUUUGUGCUACUUUGUAGUGCAUGGAAAUUACACAAAGAGCUUGAUUCCAAAUAACCGCAAACCAGGUUGGCUUGGAAAUCCAAUAUGCUGCCAAAAGUGUCAAGUGGAUACAAGAUAUCCCAUCUUCAAAACUGCAGAGUCAUAUCCAGUAGCUAACCUGUCUGAUGCUCAGAACCGCUGCAAUCUGUGUGGGAUGCGGUUGUGUACUACGUCACAACUUGAAUCUGCGUACAAUACAGGAUAUCGUGAAGACACGUGGGGUUUGAUUGACAACAAAGGAAGACACGCAAAAGUUUCUUCAUGUGACGAGUUCUCCAAUUCACCAGACACGUGUCACUUUAUUGUAGACGGCAAAUCCAGCGAAAGCCUCAUCCCACAUACAAAUACCACAGCUACUAGUUAUCCCGCAUUCUGUUGUCAAAGAUGCGAUAUUUAUGCCAAUUAUCCAAUAUUGAGAUCAAUUGCGCGUUACCCGAAUGACGAACAAUCCCAACCCCGAGCUCGGUGUGCAGAAUGUGGUCUGCAGCUGUGUACACUCGCCCAGUUGAGAGCAGCUUAUGAAGCCGGGUUUCGUCACAGUGGUUGGCACCUGUACGAUACAAAGGACCGAUUGGCAAAGGUCACUCCCUGUGGGGAAUGGCACUACGAAAAUAAUUUGUGCUACUUUGUAGUGCAUGGAAAUUACACAAAGAGCUUGAUUCCAAAUAACCGCAAACCAGGUUGGCUUGGAAAUCCAAUAUGCUGCCAAAAGUGUCAAGUGGAUACAAGAUAUCCCAUCUUCAAAACUGCAGAGUCAUAUCCAGUAGCUAACCUGUCUGACGCUCAGAACCGCUGCAAUCUGUGUGGGAUGCGGUUGUGUACUACGUCACAACUUGAAUCUGCGUACAAUACAGGAUAUCGUGAAGACACGUGGGGUUUGAUUGACACCAAAGGAAGACACGCAAAAGUUUCUUCAUGUGACGAGUUCUCCAAUUCACCAGACACGUGUCACUUUAUUGUAGACGGCAAAUCCAGCGAAAGCCUCAUCCCACAUACAAAUACCACAGCUACUAGUUAUCCCGCAUUCUGUUGUCAAAGAUGCGAUAUUUAUGCCAAUUAUCCAAUAUUGAGAUCAAUUGCGCGUUACCCGAAUGACGAACAGUCCCAACCCCGAGCUCGGUGUGCAGAAUGUGGUCUGCAGCUGUGUACACUCGCCCAGUUGAGAGCAGCUUAUGAAGCCGGGUUUCGUCACAGUGGUUGGCACCUGUACGAUACAAAGGACCGAUUGGCAAAGGUCACUCCCUGUGGGGAAUGGCACUACGAAAAUAAUUUGUGCUACUUUGUAGUGCAUGGAAAUUACACAAAAAGCUUGAUUCCAAAUAACCGCAAACCAGGUUGGCUUGGAAAUCCAAUAUGCUGCCAAAAGUGUCAAGUGGAUACAAGAUAUCCCAUCUUCAAAACUGCAGAGUCAUAUCCAGUAGCUAACCUGUCUGAUGCUCAGAACCGCUGCAAUCUGUGUGGGAUGCGGUUGUGUACUACGUCACAACUUGAAGCUGCGUACAAUACAGGAUAUCGUGAAGACACGUGGGGUUUGAUUGACAACAAAGGAAGACACGCAAAAGUUUCUUCAUGUGACGAGUUCUCCAAUUCACCAGAUGAGUGUCACUUUAUUGUAGACGGCAACUCUAGCGAAAGCCUCAUCCCACAUACAAAUACCACAGCUACUAGUUCUCCCGCAUUCUGUUGUCAAAGAUGCGAUAUUUAUGCCAAUUAUCCAAUAUUGAGAUCAAUUGCGCGUUACCCGAAUGACGAACAAUCCCAACCCCGAGCUCGGUGUGCAGAAUGUGGUCUGCAGCUGUGUACACUCGCCCAGUUGAGAGCUGCUUAUGAAGCCGGGUUUCGUCACAGUGGUUGGCACCUGUACGAUACAAAGGACCGAUUGGCAAAGGUCACUCCCUGUGGGGAAUGGCACUACGAAAAUAAUUUGUGCUACUUUGUAGUGCAUGGAAAUUACACAAAAAGCUUGAUUCCAAAUAACCGCAAACCAGGUUGGCUUGGAAAUCCAAUAUGCUGCCAAAAGUGUCAAGUGGAUACAAGAUAUCCCAUCUUCAAAACUGCAGAGUCAUAUCCAGUAGCUAACCUGUCUGAUGCUCAGAACCGCUGCAAUCUGUGUGGGAUGCGGUUGUGUACUACGUCACAACUUGAAGCUGCGUACAAUACAGGAUAUCGUGAAGACACGUGGGGUUUGAUUGACAACAAAGGAAGACACGCAAAAGUUUCUUCAUGCGAAGAGUUCUCCAAUUCACCAGACGAGUGUCACUUUAUUGUAGACGGCAACUCUACCGAAAGCCUCAUCCCACAUACAAAUACCACAGCUACUAGUAAUCCCGCAUUCUGUUGUCAAAGAUGCGAUAUUUAUGCCAAUUAUCCAAUAUUGAGAUCAAUUGCGCGUUACCCGAAUGACGAACAAUCCCAACCCCGAGCUCGGUGUGCAGAAUGUGGUCUGCAGCUGUGUACACUCGCCCAGUUGAGAGCAGCUUAUGAAGCCGGGUUUCGUCACAGUGGUUGGCACCUGUACGAUACAAAGGACCGAUUGGCAAAGGUCACUCCCUGUGGGGAAUGGCACUACGAAAAUAAUUUGUGCUACUUUGUAGUGCAUGGAAAUUACACAAAGAGCUUGAUUCCAAAUAACCGCAAACCAGGUUGGUUUGGAAAUCCAAUAUGCUGCCAAAAGUGUCAAGUGGAUACAAGAUAUCCAAUCUUCAAGACAUCCCAGAGUUACCCUAGUGCUGAUCUGACCGAGGCAAGAGCCAGCUGUGCAUUGUGUGGAAUGGAACUGUGUUCACUCGCCCAGUUGAAAGCAGCCUAUGAUGCCGAUUAUCGCAGCGGUGGCUGGGGUCUGUUUGGUGUCCAAGGCAGGCAUGCCCAGGUGGCUUUGUGUGGGACUUUCUGGGAAGAUCCAAGUGAGUGUUACUUUGUUGUGGCAGAAAAUUCUACUGCUAGUGUUAUCCCUAACACCCCCUCGUCCAGAGAGCGCGAAGCUGCUUUUUGUUGCGAACGUGGAGUAGACUCGUACUAGAGUAUACCUAGACUUGACUCAAGUCCCAAUCCCGUACCGCCGCCAUGAAACUAUUGUUUUGUGACAUUCCUCCACAAUAGCAACAUUUUUGACGGCGGAUAUUCUAACGGGACCUCUCAAACGAGAUCGGGACUUGAAUCAAGUCUAUAGAGGACGCUACUUUGAGCACCAUCAUUAUGGCAAGGUUCACAAGGCGGUGAAGAUGGGACAGAUGGUUUAGGGCGAGGUACUGGCAACAACCUAUCACCUUUAGUAUUUGUUCCUGUUAAUUAGUUAUGUUAAUUUCGUAAAAGAGUACAUGUAAUUUUUUGCUCCUUGUGGUUUUGUUUAGUUUUAAUAAUCAUCGAUCAACUACAUGUAUUUGAAGUCAUGUAUUGGUAGGGCCUGGCCAGAAUAAAAAAUGAACUCGGGCUUGGUCUCAAGUAGUCGGUGUCAAAAUACGGUUGUCUAACAAUAAUGGUAACUUAUUAAUGUAAUAAGGUAUGCUAUUGCUAUUCAUAUUAGAGGAAGUAUAAUAGGCUCUACUUUCUGGGAAAAGUAAAAUAAAGUGUUUUUUUAUGAUAAUGUUUAAGUAGUUGGCACAACAAACACACAGAAAUUAGUCAAAACUUCAACAAAAUGCGCUCGCGUUGAUAUUUACAGUAUUUUUUGUUUGCACUUGCACUUGCACUUUUACUUGAUAUGUGCAUAACUUUGCAUUAAUUGAUCCUCGUUGUAUAGGACUUUUUUUAGGGCCAAUGUUGAAUACAUUUAUCUUUAAAUUAGAUGAAAGGUAAUUUUUCAUUAAUUUGAUCGGUUGUAGCAAUUGUUUUGAAACCCUAAAGCCUAGUCGAACUUUUUUUGCAAAUCAACUUCCUUGAGAAACAGCGAAGUUUCUUGUGAGUUUUUCUUAUAUUCAAAUAAGGCAUGAUAUCAACGUGGUGUUAUGUCUUGAACCAUUCUAGAUCUUUUUCGUUAAGAAAUACCUCUCCCAGCCGUAACAACAUUUCCUGGCAUGAUUAAUUGUACUGACUGGAGUGUAGUUUAUUAUAUUUAGAAACAUCAUUUCGAACUGCUAUCCUCGUUAUAUUGCAUAGAAUGACCAUCGCGAAUUUUCAUUGUUGACUUGUUUUAAGAUACACAAAUAAAACAUAGCAAAUAUUUGCUGUUUAAAGUUGAGUUCGGGUAUCAACGGGAAUUUGAAGUUGAGGAGCCAUUACAGAAAGUGUAGUUGGGGAGCCAUUAUUGAACGUGUAGUUGGGAGCCAUUGUUGAACGUGUAGUUGGGGAGCCAUUAUUGAAUUAGCCUUGCUCAAGGCAGUCGAAUUAUUUACUCCGAAAAAAGACCGCCGCUGUAU